ACGUGACGCCUAUAUUUGUAUAUGUUGUGAUUUGUUGGUUGAUAUGUGCUUUAUCUGUGUUUCGUUUCAAAAUGGAGGCCGGCAUUGUUGAGUUGGUUUGAUUGCGAGCAGAUUGCGCGGCCAAUGAUAUCUUUACUAUUUGAGGUUGUAUUGAUUGCCAGUGGACUCAUUCGAUCCUCUGCUUUUUAUCCUUGAAACUCAAAAUACUCUCGCAGAUGACUCGUCGUUCACUUCUUACACGUAUUGCAUUCUCCCCCCUCUCUCGCCACAGCAGCAGUGUCAAAAGAAGGGACGUCUCGUCCGCCGCUGUGACCGUCAACGCUGCCAAAUCUGCAUCUGCGGGGUUUGCCAAGGAGAAUGCGGUUGUUAUCGAUUCGGUGGAGGUGUCUAGUUCCAGUGUAGUUGUGGAUAGGCCAACAGCUGCUGAUCACCACCCGGACAGUUUCGUGGACAGACACAUUGGACCACGCAGUGAGGACAUCGAAAAGAUGCUGCAAACACUCGAUGUCAAAAGUUUGGACGAAGUUAUGGACUUGACUAUUCCCAGAUCCAUUCGGAGGGAGUUCCAGAUGCAGAUGCCGGAGCCACUCAGCGAGCAGGAGUUGGCCGUGCGUGCACGUGUAUUGUCCCUGGAGAACGAGGCCAAAGACUUCAGCAGCUACAUCGGCAUGGGCUACUACAAUACCAUCACGCCCACAGUCAUCCAGCGGAACCUGAUGGAGAACCCUGGAUGGUACACGCAGUACACGCCCUACCAGCCGGAGAUCAGCCAGGGCAGACUGGAGAGUCUGCUCAACUGGCAGACAAUGGUGCAGGACCUCACCGCCCUCCCAGUGGCCAAUGCCAGUCUGCUGGACGAGGCCACAGCAGCCGCAGAGGCACUGGGAAUGGCACUCAAGGCCCAUCCGGACAAGAAGAGGGUGCUGCUGGACCACAAGAUGCACCCCCAGACUAUCGCAGUUGUCAAAACCAGAGCUAGUGGGUUUGGGGUGACCGUGGAGUUGGGGGAUGUGAUGGGGAAGGGGGAGGAGGAGGAGGAGAUAGAGAGGGGGUUGUUUUGUGCAGUCAUGUUCCAGUACCCUGACACAGAGGGCGCCAUCAGAGACUACUCUAAACUCACCCACAAGUGCACACAGGCAAAGACGCUAUCCGUGUGUGCCACUGAUCUGCUGGCCCUGAGCCAAUUGCGUGCGCCGGGCGAGUUCGGGUGUGAUGUGGCCCUGGGGUCUGCCCAGAGAUUCGGAGUCCCGCUGGGCUAUGGGGGUCCACAUGCAGCCUUCUUCGCCUGUUCGGAGGAACACCUCAGGAGACUGCCUGGAAGACUAGUGGGAGUGUCCAUUGACUCGAGUGGCAAUCGGGCUCUGAGGCUGACUCUGACCACCAGGGAACAACACAUUAGGAGGGACAAGGCCACCAGCAACAUAUGCACUGCACAGGCGCUGCUGGCGAAUAUUGCGUCCAUGUAUGCCAUCUACCACGGUCCAAAGGGGAUCCGAGAUAUCGCCCAGAUGGUGCACCACUACACACGUGCACUGUCUGUUGGGGUGGGGGCCAGUGGACACUUCAGAGUGGUCAAUGAGACAUUCUUCGACACACUGACCAUCGAUUUGGGGCAGAGGAAGGGGGAGAUUAUGGAGAGGGCUCAGCAGAGGAAACACAACUUCAGAAACAUGGAUAACAACAAGAUUGGAGUGUCUAUGGAUGAGACGCUGACAAUGGACAAGCUGGCUGCUGUGCUGGACAUAUUCCACAGUCCCCUCUCGGCAGAAGAGUGUUGGAAGGAGGCGACAGUGGCCACAUCCUCCCCGUCUCUCCAUUGGGCAAUGGGUGGGUUUGAGAGGGAGAGUGAGAUUCUGACGCACAAGGUGUUCAACUCCUACCACUCGGAACAUCUCCUCACCAGAUACUUGAAGAAGCUGGAGAACAAAGACUUCUCCCUCGUGCACUCGAUGGCGCCGCUGGGCAGCUGCACGAUGAAGUUGACGGCCACCUCGGAGAUCAUGCCCAUCUCCCUCAGGGGCUUCAACUCCAUCCACCCCUUCGUGCCCAACCCCCAGCAGCAGACCAGAGGCUACCUCUCCCUCAUGGGGGAAUUGGAACAGGACCUGAAGGAGAUGACUGGCUACUCCGCCAUCAGCUUCCAGCCCAACAGUGGCGCCCAGGGAGAGUAUGCUGGACUGAGGGCCAUAGAUGCAUACCACCAGUCUAGAGGAAACAGCCAGCGAAAGGUGUGUGUAAUUCCGAAGAGUGCCCACGGAACUAACCCGGCCUCUGCCCAGAUGGCUGGACUGCGUGUGGUGCCGCUGGAUGUGGACAAGGAGGGGGGCAAUGUGUCCAUCGAGCAGAUGACCAAGUUGGCAGACAAACACAAACACACUCUGUCUGCGGUUAUGCUCACUUACCCCUCCACAUUCGGAGUGUUCGAGGAGGACAUCAAGGUGAUUGCUGACAUUGUCCACCAUUACGGGGGUCAGUUCUACCUGGAUGGGGCCAACAUGAAUGCCCUGGUGGGCCACUGUCGCCCCGUGGACUUCGGGGCAGAUGUGUGCCACCUGAACAUGCACAAGACGUUCUGCAUCCCCCACGGGGGAGGGGGACCAGGAGUCGGACCCAUCGGAGUAGCGCAGCACCUGGUACCUUUCCUGCCCAACCACCCUGUGAUAGAUGUGAAUGCGGGUGGGGCAAUGGGCAGUCAGUCCUCUCCUGGGCCCGUGAGCAGUGCACCCUGGGGCUCCUCCUCAAUCCUCCCCAUCUCCUGGGCGUUUAUGCGGAUGAUGGGCUCUGUGGGUCUGAAGAAGGCGACCGAAGUGGCCAUUCUGAGUGCCAAUUACAUGCGCAAGAGACUGGAGGGAGAGUAUAAGAUUUUAUACACGGGAAAACAUGGCUUCUGUGCCCACGAGUUCAUAAUAGACACUCGGCCCUUCAAGAAGACUUCCGGCAUAGAGGCACACGACAUCGCCAAGAGACUGCAGGACUUCGGUUUGCAUGCACCUACAAUGUCGUGGCCGGUGGGCAAUACUCUGAUGAUAGAGCCCACAGAGAGUGAGGACAAGGGCGAGUUGGACAGGUACAUAGAGGCACUUCUCAUCAUCCGACAGGAGAUCAGAGACAUCGAACAGGGACUCAUUCUCACGCACCAGUCCCCCCUCAAGCACGCACCCCAUACGGCAGCGGUGGUGUGUGGGGAGGAGUGGGACAGAGUCUAUUCCAGACACACUGGCGCAUUCCCCGCCCCCUUCGUGCAGCCAGCCUCCAAAGUGUGGCCAUCUGUGGGUAGACUCAACGACCAGUACGGGGAUCUCAACCUCGCCUGCUCAUGUGACAAAGUCGAGGGAUUCUAGAUUGUUCUAGAAUAAUAACAAUCACUCAAUGCAGUCAUCAGCUGCUAAGGCAAACCCCAUUUUACACAAGUGCUCUUUUAAUUGAUAUCUUUGAAUUUUGUUUUAAACACUUUUAAAAUGUUGUUUAUACUACUAGCAUUAAUUCAUUCUCAGCAGAUUAA